CGGUGAAUUAAAGAGCAGGUUUAUGACUCUGGUGAUUUAUAACCCGCCGGGUUACUGAAUUAAACCCGUUCAUUCCUCACCGUUUCCGGGGUCAGUGAGCCGAACUCACUGCAUCACCGGAUCGUGCUGGUGUGUGUGCGCGCGCGCAGCCGGUCCGGUCCGGGUCAGUAAUUAACGGAUUAUUAGUGCGCGUGAACUCGGUCGAGGCGCGUUUCAGUGACGUCACUGGCUCCUUAGCAGCCUGUGUUUGGGCUCCAGCUGAGCUGUGAGGGGCCUGCGGGACCCCGGGACUCUCUGCGGCUCUACGCAUUAUUCACCAUGAGGUUCUGGAGCUUUCAUGGCGUGUUUGGUGUCCGGACUCCGCGCUAACAGCCGCACAAAGCCGGUUACUCCGCGCUCCGGGCCGCUCUGAAGCCUGCAGGCGGCGGGCUGGGAGAGAGAGAGAGAGAGAGAGAGAGAGAGUGUGUGUGUGUGUGUGUGUGUGUGUGACUCACCCCGAAUACACGCGACAACAUUAUCGAUUUGUUGUCGCAUCUCUCUCUCCUCACCAUGGUCCUGCGAUAAAUUAUAUUUAUUUGUAGUUUUAAACGGUGUCCGCUCGUCCAGGUGUGUUUAUUAUUAUUGUUAUUAUUUUACUGAGCGGCCGCUGAAGGGGUUCGGCUCGCUGUGUAAAACACACGGAGGAUCAUGAAGAAGUUUUUCGACAGCCGACGGGAAGCGGUGAGUUCCGGGCCCGGUUCUGGAGGCGCCGGGGCGGGAGGCGGUGCUGGAUCCGGGGGAGGAGGCGCCUUCAUCGGCCGCGUUUUCACCAUCGGCCGCUACCAGGUGACUGUGGAGGAGACAGUGGCUGAAGGUGGUUUUGCCAUCGUGUUUCUCGUGCGCGCACACCAAGGCCUCCGCUGUGCUCUGAAGAGGAUGUACGUGAACAACGAGCAUGACCUUCAAGUCUGCAAGCAAGAGAUUCAGAUCAUGAGGGAUCUGGUGGGAAACAAAAAUAUAGUCGGCUACCUGGACUCCAGUAUCACCGCCGUGGGGUCAGGAGACGUCUGGGAAGUUCUGAUAUUAAUGGAUUUCUGUAGAGGUGGUCAGGUGGUGAAUCUGAUGAACCAGCGUCUGCAGACAGGCUUUAGCGAGUCAGAAGUCCUGCAGAUCUUCUGCGACACCUGCGAGGCCGUCGCACGACUACACCAACGCAAAAGUCCCAUCGUCCACCGGGAUCUCAAAGUGGAGAAUAUUUUGCUGCACGACCGUGGUCAUUACGUCCUGUGUGACUUCGGCAGCGCCACCAUCAGGUUCCAGGACCCUCAGGCCGAGGGGGCGGCCGCUGUAGAGGAGGAAAUUAAAAAGUACACCACACUGUCCUACAGAGCCCCAGAGAUGGUCAAUCUGUACAGUGGGAAAGUCAUUAGCACUAAAGCUGAUAUCUGGGCUCUGGGCUGCUUGCUGUAUAAGCUGUGUUUUUUCACGUUGCCGUUCGGAGAGAGUCAGGUGGCCAUCUGUGAUGGCAGCUUCACCAUCCCAGACAACUCGCGCUACUCGCAUGACGUGCACUGCCUCAUCCGUUACAUGCUGGAGCCAGACCCUGACGUCAGGCCUGAUAUCUACCAGGUGUCUCAUUUCGCCUUCAAGCUUGCACACAAAGACUCUCCAGUACAGAACGUCCAUAAUUCUCAGAUUCCUACGAAGCUUCCUGAGCCAAUCAGAGCGAGCGAAGCAGUUGCUAAGAAGAGUCAGACUAAAGCCAGACUUACCGAUCCAGUCCCGACCAUGGAAACCUCCAUAGCGCCACGGCAACGGCCCAAAGCGGGCCAAGCUCAGCCGGUCGCAGGCAUGCUGCCCAUACAGCCUGCCCUCACACCCCGGAAGAGAGCCAAUGCCCCAGCGGGACCUGCGCAACCCAUCAGUGUGAACAUUGCCUCUCAGCCACAGAAGCCUCAGCUUCCUGUUCCUGUUGCUCAGCAGCAAGCAACACCUGCAUCCCUGCAGGCCACGCCCACUCCUCCUCAAGCCACGCCCCAGCAAGGACAGCUUUUCGUACAGCCACAAGCUGCAGGUUUCUACCCUCCUCAGCAGCAGCUGCCACCCCAAGUGCAGAAUCAUCUCUACCCACCACAUCAUCAGAACACCAACUCACCUGCACCAUCUGCUACACCUUCACAGGCAAGAACUAAAGCCAAAGCCCCUCCUCCUCCACCCCUUCUGAAUCCACAACACACUCCUCCACCAGCCCCAGUGCAGGCCAGAACCAAAGCAAUGGCCCCUGCCCCUCCUGUGCAGUAUGCCCAGACUGCACCCGGACACACAAAAAUUAAAGCUAUGGCUCCUCCUCCUCCUCCUCUUCCACCAAUCCAGCAGCAUCAACAGCCACAGCAGCCACCAGUGGCUAAUCUUCUUGCUUCUAGCCCUCCGUCUUUUAAAGCUUCUCCUCCUCCUUCUACAGUCCUACAGGGGGCACCAGCUCCUGACACGAAUUCUAAGGAGAUGCCGUUUGCAGGUGGGCGCUCGGGCCAUAAAGUGGGCUCUCUGACUCCGCCCUCGUCUCCUAAGGUGGCCCCUCGUGGAGGUCACAGGCGCAUUCUGAGUGACGUCACGCACAGCGCCAUAUUUGGAGUUCCUGUUAGCAAGUCCACUCAGCUACUGCAGGCAGCUGCUGCCGAAGCUGGUCUCAACAAGUCCAAAUCAGCCAGCACCACCCCCUCCGGAUCCCCGCGCUCCUCUCAGCAGAGCGUAUACCCUGCAGGCGAGGUCAGUACCCAGUUUGCUGCCCCUAAGGCAGACGCUGGGGCACAGCUUUCCUGGAACCCAUUUGGUGAUGACAACUUCUCCAAACUGACAGCUGAAGAGCUGCUUAACAAGGACUUUGCCAAACUGGAUGCAAAACCACCAGAGAAAUCCUCGACAGAGAACCUGAUUUCAGGUUUACAACCUGCAGCUGCAAGCAACAAAGGCUUUCCCCAGUGCACAGUGGCGAUGGAUCCUCUUAUUCCUGGUCUGGAGUCUCUACACACCGAUGCUGCAUUGCCAGCUCCGGAUCAAAACCCCGACAGCCAGUUUGACCCCAUUCCAGUGCUCAUCUCCAAAGCCCCCAGCCAAGAAGUCAAGGAGAAGGCUAAUGGCUAUGGCGCGCUUUUAGAAGGUGACGAAGCAGAAAACCCAGCUGAAGACUGGAUGCACUCCAGCGACGACGAAGACGACAGAACGGGUGAUGCCAGGCCGAGCGAAGCAUCAAGCCUCGACUGCAGUGGCUCAAGACCUUUGUUGCAAGACUUCGAUGAUGACGAAGAACAAGAGCUGGAGGCUUCAGGAAACCUCCAGACACCCUCGAACCUUGAACCCAGUGACGUCCCACAGUCCUCUCAGAACGACUCGGUCCAACCCUCGGGGCCUGAUGCUGACGUCUUCUCCAAGGCUCCUUUUCGGGUGGCGCAGGAAGCCGACAGCAACGUAGAUGUGUUUGCGAACGCUCCGUUUCCUCGUCCGCUGGCUUCCUCUCAACAACCAGACAUCUUCCUCCAGGCGCCAUUUGGAAAGAAAAAGGAGACCUGGGGGACGGUUUACACUCAUCCAGUCUCCCAGGCUGGGAUGCAGCGCACCAACGUGGUGCCUUUGAAUCACGGAAGCCACGACCAGAGCGUUCUCGAUCAAGUGGCCCCUUUGCCCUUUCGACCUCAGGCUUUAGCGAAAUACUCCAGGCAUUAUGACGGACCUGACGUGAACUCUGAUGAUCCGUUUCUCGCUGCACCUUUUCAUCAUAAAGGACCUCAAGAGAAGCACUAAAGUGGACUGUGUACUAAUCUAAUCAUCUCCACGUCCUUUCAUCCGAGACUAUUCUUUGAUGGAAGGAUGCUGAGAAAGUGGUGUCUGCUUGAGAAAAGCUGGACUCCUUAUGUGAAAACAAGAAACCGGAUGCAAGAAUGAAGCACAUACUUGCUGAGGCGUGGUCAUUCCCUGGACUUGAACUGUAAUGCAAAUGUAAAUGUUCGAUGCCUACCUCAGUUUAUUCCGAUGCUGAGAGAGAGUCUGAUUUGAUCGUCGUUUUCAGAUAAGUGUACACUUGAGCCUGAGAGGAAGCGUCUUUGCUAAAAUGUGAACUUAUUCCCUACUUGGUGCACUCCCUUAAUAUCACCUACUUACACUGGUGAUGGAAAAAUACCCAUCAAUGGAGAAGUUCUCGCUUGAGUGUUAUUGAGCUACACUUUUCACACCACAUUCAGAUGGUUGCACAAGUUUAACACCAUAGCACCAUCAUAAUCAUCAUUUAAGGGUCUUUAGUGUUGCUUGAUUUUCAGUUUCCUGAGUUUAAAUUUUUUUAAAAAAUUUUUGCUUAAGCAUGAUCAUGAACAUGUUGUAACAUGAUAAACAUUUAUUCGUCUUCAGUAAGCGCUUUAUCGUGGUCAAUAACCAUGGUGGAUCUGGAGCCUGUACCUGCGAAUGCUGGGUACGAAGCAGGAAUACAUCCUGGAUGACACCUGAAUCCAUCAUCUACCAAUCUCCUCCUUCACAUCUAGGGACAAUUUGGAGUCUCCAGUCCAGUCCACCUACCAGCAUGUUUUGGGGAGGUGGGAGGAAACUGGAAAACUCCAAGGAAGCCCAACACCACCAGCUUGCGAUGCAGUUUCAGGGUAGUUCUGACGUUACAGGGCCGUUUUCUUUGGGUCUUUUUCAUAUGCUGGAUUUUUGUUGCACAAAAACUGACAGUGUCAUCUUGUCCUUACAGUAAUUAAGCUAUUGGUGAUUUGCAUAAUGAUUAUUGAAAUCUGAUUAACCAUCACAGUCCAGAUGAUGGAUUAUUGCUGUUUUUGCAUUUGGACACGAAUCUCCACAGUAUUGUGAAGUUUGUCACUUGAACGAACACACACACGUCCAGUGCUGUAUUUCUUCAGAGUGAACCCUUGGUUGUUCCAAAUUUCAUUGUCUGUCUGGCUCGUUCUUUCUACCUCUCUUCUUGUCAGUCCUCCUCUGUGUGUGUGUGUACCUUAAAUGCAAUACUUUGCCUUUGUUAUAAUCCUGAUAAUCCCUAUUGGGACAGUAAUGUUGUGUAGGAGGGUGUGUGUGAAGAGAGCUGUGUACGUUUAAUAAUCUUGAGGUAUUUGGUGACAUGAAAUUUAUCCAUGUUUGAACCUUUUGGGGUUUGUGCAUAUUGGGCGCCCCUGCAGUCUGAAAUGCAGUGCGUGGUGUUGGUCAUCAUGAAGGAAUUCGUAUGAAAUGCUUGGGUUUUUCAAAGCACUUGUCAGUUCGGACGAUGUUCAUCAAAGUAUGUCUACAGACCAAAAAAAAUAGUGUAUUAUAUAUUUUUUUUCAUAAUAAUAAUGCAAAGGAUGUGUGAUGCAUCUUGUGUCUUAUGUAAGACUGGGCAUGCUGAUUAUAGCAAAAAAAAAAUAUAUAUAUAUAUAUAUAUAAAUAAACCAACAAUCAAGUUAA